AUGGCGUCCUCAGCCGGACUCCCCCCUCUCGGUCCGGACCAAACCGCUCCAUCCUCCGGGUCUCUCUCCGCCGGAAGGCCGCCUCUCCGUCCCCCUCAGCCCCAGCCCGCUCACUCCUCCCCCGGCUGCGUGGUUCUGGUGGAGUCCGUGGAUGAUGCGGAGGGUCUGUCGGUGGCCGUGGAGCGGUGUCCGCUCUGCAGCUCGUCCCGCCGCCGGCUCACCUGUGCCCGGUGCGUGCAGGCCGGAGACUUCGUCUACUUCGACGGCAGGAACCCGGAGAGGUAAAACAGAGAGAAUAAUCUAGAUUAAAUUAGAUUAUAGCAGUGUUUUAUUUACCGCACACACCGAACCUCAUAGAAAAUUCUUCAUUUUUUACAGAGUCUGUGAUUAUUUAUGACUCAGACUGAAUCUGCCCUGUUAUAAAUGUGUUUUUUACAAAGACAUGAAGGUUUCUGACUGUCCGGCUUUAAUAUCAGUCAAAACAAACCCGCUAAUAUCAUCACAUCAGAUCAUUACAUCUUUAUUAAAAAAAAACAGCAAAACUCUUCACAGGUGUACCUGAGAGAAAGACAGGUAAUAUGAAAAACUAGGAGGUAACAGGUUAAUUCUGUGUUAGCCGAAUAUUAGAGCAGAUCAUCAUCAAAACUAAAAACUUUAUUAUUCUGAUGAAUUUGAAGGUUUGUUGUCAUUAAUCCGGAGUGAAGUCAUAAAUGAUAAUUUUACAAACUGGAAUCCUGUUAAAGUCUCUGCAGCAGAAAACGUUCGUGUUUCUCCUGAUUGAGCUGAAGCUAGUUAACCUGUCAUUAACUACCAACACACAACCACUGUAGUUAACCUCAGCAGCUAACACUCUUGUGCUAACAGCUAGCUCAGGUGUUUCUCAGGUGGGUUAGUCCGUGGUUGUUGUUGUUGUUGCUGAGUCACUGUGUAAGGGUUGAAGCUAACUGAGUUAGCCUUACUGCUACUGCUGCUGCAGUUACACAACAUGAGGAGACCCAAAAUAACUCUAGAGGGUGUCCAAACUGAGGCCAGGGGCCCAACAGGGGUCUGAGAGAAACUACAGGAGGACCAGAAACAAGAACACAGAGGCUCUGAAAUCUAUCUAUCUAUCUAUGUAUCUAUCUGACAGUCUUUUGUAAGACAAUAAUCAUCAUAAAAAUGAUGACAACAACUAUGAUAAGACAAUAACACUGAUAAUAAUGAUAACAGUAACAGGAACAACAGUGAUAUUAAACGUGUUAUUCUUCAGAUACUCGGAGAAGCUGCAGCGUCUGAAGCAGCUGAAGGAGGAGAAGGAGCAGCUGCAGCAGAGGUAACACUCACCUGUCCACCUGUCAGACUCACCUGCUGCUUUAAAAAGAAACUCUUUAAACUAAAUAAUGUGACGGAGGAACUUUUAUCAACCUCUCUCUCUUUUCCCAGAGUGAUCCGGGACAUGGACAGGAAGCUGCAGGCCGAUCACAUGGUCAGUUUUUAAACUUGAACCUUUAUUAACACAAAACAGGCUGAAGACCUGAACCAACGGACAGACAGAAGGAAGUCAGAACUUCUCAGAACUUCAGUGAAACGUCGCUCCUCUGAGCAGGAGGACAGGAACAGGAAGGCUGCUGACGUUUUACCGACUGUCUUUGUUUUCUGACUGUUUCAGUCACUCAGAGUUUCGUCUCUAACCCUGAGUGUGUCUCUUCUCAGAAAUGGAAGAUCAUGUCGUGUCGGAUGAAGAUAGAGCAGCUGAAGGAGGCGGUUGCCAGGGGCAACGAGGAGGUGAAGAGCGGUGAGUCUUUGGUGCAGCACUUUUGAUUUUAGAGAAACAAAAAAGACUAAAGACUUUAAUUCAUGUCUGAACCCACAAAACUUUAUAAAAACACACAAAACUACAAACAAAUACACAAAAAAACACAAAUGAAGAUGAAACUUUUCAGAACCUGAAGGUGUGUGAAGGUGUGUUUACCUCUCAGGUGUGUCUGUUGAACUCACAGACCUGAUCCUCAGACCUGAUCCUCAGAGUCUGGACUAAAUCAGGUUUUACAAACACAGAAACACGAGGACAGAAACUCUGAUCCUGCAGGUCCUCCUGACGACUCCUCAGACUGACUCAGAGGUCAUCGAGGUCAACCUGUGUAUUUGACCCCAUAUGACCCCUGUACACCUGUGAACACCUGUCUGUGGUCAGGUAACAUGAUCUAAACCCCUCCUCCUCUCUCCUCUCUCCUCUCUGCAGACAAAGAGCUCCUCCUGCGCUCACAGGAGGAGAGCGUGCGGCUGCAGCGGCGUGCGGGGCGUCACCAGGAGAAAAGGGAUAAAAUUGAGCGCCAUAACCGCCGAUUAGGUGACCUACUGGAGAGGCGGAGCAAAGAGCUGCAGAGCCGUCUGAGUCAGCUCGCCGCCCUGAGACGAGAACACAUCCACGAGCUGAGCACACACAUGUUCUCGCUGCAGGAGGAGAAACAGGAGAGGAGGUGACAACUGAACACACACACACACACACACACACACCUGAACACACACACCUGAACACACACACACACCUGAACACACACACACACACACACACCUGAACACACACACACACCUGAACACACACACACACACACACACACCUGAACACACACACACACACACACACACCUGAACACACACACACACACACACCUGAACACACACACACACACCUGAACACACACACACACACCUGAACACACACCUGAACACACACACACACACCUGAACACACACACACACACCUGAACACACACACCGGAACACACACACACCUGAACACACACACACACACACACACACACACACACACCUGAACACACACAACUGAACACACACACACACACACACACACCUGAACACACACACCUGAACACACACACCUGAACACACCUGCCAAUCAAUACUGACACACUCCGUAACCGUGGAAACGAUGGGAUGGACAUGAGCAGAAGAUUAAACUUUCACUUUAGUUUUAGUUCCUGAUCUGAUCGUCUCUGACUGUCACUCAUCCUCUAUGUCCACCUGUCCUCCUCUCCAUCUGUCCACCUGUCCUCCUCCCCUGCGUCUGUCCCACAGAGACCCCGCGGACGUGGUGGCGGAGUGUGACCCGGCGCUGACCUCUAGCACGGUAAGCGAGCUGGCGGAGGCUCGGAGGACGACCUACCUGUCGGGACGCUGGAUCUGGGACGACCAGAACGGAGAGACCAGCAUCAGCAUCACAGGUCCACCUGUCAGUCUGCCCAGCAACGGAGACUGCUCCGCCUACUACAGCUGGGUGGAGGAGAAAAGCACCAAUCAGGGCCCGGGUGAGCUGGGAGGGGGCGGGGCUUAGUAAUGGGAUGAUUUGAUUUGAUCAGCUGUUAACAAUCAGAUCAAAGUGUAGAUGCUCUAAAAUUAACUUCCUGUUGACCUUUGACCUCCUGCUGCAGAGCUUGACCACAUUAACCCCGCCCACACCAUCAGCGCCGCUCUCUGCUACGCCACACAGCUGGUCACCAUCCUGUCUCACAUCCUGGAUGUCAACCUGCCCAAGAAGCUCUGCAACAGGUGAGUUAGCCCCGCCCACCGCUGCCUUCGCUGACCAACUGCAGAGUCUGGAAAUCACAGCGUCUGAUUGGUUCACUGUCCGUCUGUUUCCCCGCCCCUCAGUGAGUUCUGUGGAGAAAACCUGAGCAGGUACCGCUUCACCCGAGCGCUGAGCAAACUCAACACCAACAUCCUGCACCUGUGCUUCUCCCAGGUAAGACACGCCCCUCUGUGGUUAGACACGCCCCUUUGGUUAGACACGCCCCUUAUUGUGAGACACGCCCCUGUAGUUAAACACACCUCUGUAGUCAGACACGCCCCUUUGGUUAGACACGCCCCUUAUUGUGAGACCCGCCCCUGUAGUUAAACACACCUCUGUAGUCAGACACGCCCCUCUGUGGUUAGACACGCCCCUCUCUUGUCAGACAUACCCCUCUGUAGUUAGACACGUCCCUCAAUUGUCAGACACGCCCCUAACAGGCCGAAGGUGUUUGAGUUGAACUUUCUGACCUUUGACCUUUGGGUGUGAGGAAGGUCGGUGAAACUCGACACUUCGCUCAGUUUUGAUUGGCUGUGACGCCAAAGAGUGACUUUAUUAAAAACACACCUGUCCACCUGUCCAGGUGUGUAACCUGAGUGGUUUUUUCUGUCUGCAGCACGUGGACAGUGAGAAGCUCCACCCACAUCACACUCUGAGGAACAUCAUGUUCCUGGUUUCCCCCGACAACCAGAACCUGGGCAGGUAAGACACACCUGUUGUUCUAUCUGACAUACGUCUGUCGGCCAUGUUGGAGAGGUCACAGGAGGAGACCACAGCUGUCUGAUGUUUGUUUGUUUGGUUCUGGUUCUGCUCCUGUCCCUGGUUCCAGGACCGGUCCGUUUGAGGUAAGUGCUGACCUGGAGGAAUCGAUGGAGUUCGUGGAGCCGGAGGCGGCGGGGCCGGCAGAGGAGAGCGGCGAUGAGACGGUGACAGACGAGGAGACGGACCUGGGGACGGACUGGGAGACGGUGCCGAGUCCCCGGUUCUGUGACAUCCCAUCACAGGUGAGCUCCCCUGGUCAAGGUCAGAACCAAUAAGAAUGUUCAACUUCAAAUUAAAGCCCCGCCCCCUCUCCCCCCACAGUCCAUGGAGCUUUCCCAGAGUGCUUUGCAGGUGUCCCAGCCCUCAGCCAACACAGGGGGGAUGAUCUCGUCUGCGGCGGCGUCGGUCACUUCCUGGUUCAGAGCGUACACCGGGCAGCGCUGA